AUGGGGAGAGAUGGAAGGAUGAUGCUCGAAAUUGCAGAGGUUUUAGAGCCUAUUGUUGCCAGUAGAAUUUGUCCUUCCACUGGGAAGAAAUCAAAUAAGGCAAACAAGAUUUCCUUCUCAACUCACAAGACCAAAAAGUUUCAGUUUGUGAACCUACAAUACAAGAGGGUUUGGUGGGAGGCUAGGAAGCGCUUUCUUAAACUGCGCUUGUCAACUAAAGCAUUGAAAACGAUAGAGAAAAACGAAAUUGAUGCCGUUGCCAAAAAGGCUGGGAUAGAUCUUCGCAAGUUAUGA